AUGCCGCCAAAGCGGCGGCCUGCUGAAGCCGGAACCCCUAGCAGCUCGGACCUUGGUCCUUUCAACCCAGCCGAAUCGUUGCCCGUGCCGGCCUCAGCCGUGGCCCCGCCCGCCAAACGGCAAAGGGUGUCGAGAGCUUGUGACCAGUGCCGCGCAGCACGUGAAAGAUGCGAUGGCAAACAACCCCAAUGCCAGCCCUGCGUCUCGCAGAGUCGGCCGUGUACUUACGAGGUGAGCCCUAAGAAGCGGGGCGUCCAAACAGGAUAUAUUCGUACCCUUGAGUUGGCCCUUGGUUGGGUCUUUGAGAAGGUGCCCGGUAGCGAAGAAACCCUCGGGGCUCUUCUUACCCAGGGGGGUGACGGGGGUCAUCCGAUUCUGGAGGGGAAAGAUUCUGAUGGAACGGAUCGUUUGCAGAAGAAGUGGAGGAGGAGUCGAGUUCACAGAGGGAUAGACCGCAUAUUAUCGGGUGAGGCAGUCGCGGCGCAUCAGGAGGAAGGGCUCCCCUUGUCGGUCGAUGCGAGCGAUGCCGAAACCAGCAGCGCUCAGCCUCGCAUUGGGGUUGAUUUGGCCCUGCCAGAGGCGCGGCGGCUUCACCAAGGCACUGGGGGUUCUCCCGGCGUGGACCUUGUUCAACGGUUGUCAAACGCAGAGCCAUCACAACACACGAUGGAGAAUGUGUCGCUGGGAACACGCCAAACCCACCCAAGGCGUAUUAAGCUCAUCGCCAAUCAUUGGCGCUUACUCGACAUUUACUUUUCUUACACGCAUUCCUGGCUUCCAAUUUUGGAUAAACAGGACUUGUUCCAAGCCUCCUACGCCUACCCGGAUCAUGGGCUCAUGAUCGAUCCCACCAGCCCUUCCUCUGCGGUCCACUCUACUUUAUGGGCUGCGCUAGCAUUGGCAGCGGUCCACGAAACCGCCGCCUCACAACCUUCUUUGCCACAACAUGCACCCUCGGCCGAGUAUUUGCCGAUGGAACUUUAUGGCAUUGCUAGGAGUCUCCUGCCACAAGAGGAUGGGCCCUUUCGAGUUCACCAUUCUCGCGCUUUGCUAUUGCUUAGCCUGUUCAAACUGGGAGAGGAUAGCCUCAGCGCUGCUAGUCUCUUGGUCGGCUCGGCCAUCCGCAUUCUUCUCGACCCUAACGUAACUGACGGUGACAGUCAGAGCUUGGACGGGCAAAAAAGGGAUCUUUCGCUCAUGUCAUGCUUCAUAAUCGACACCAUUCUUUCGGUUCGAUGCAACCGACCGCCACAUCUCAGAGUGGAAGAUCUCUCUGCAGUCCAGCUUGUGUCUGAAAAUGGGCCCGAUCAGUGGGAACCAUGGACGCCAUGUGUUGGUUUCGGGCCCGAAAAUAUGGUGUCGUACUCAAACCGAAGUGCUGCAUUCCGUCUGAGCACGUUCAACCAACUUUAUUCCAUAAUCAAGAUCGUGGCUGAGCAAGAAUCAUUGAAAAGGCAAGGACUGGCGCAGAGGGCAGCCCCUGAGGCGUUUCUCGGCCAACUACAGCACGCAGUCAACACCAACUCUCCAUUCGGAAAUUUUGUUCCUUCGGCGGCUUGUGGCACCGCCUCCGUCCCAACGCCUUAUUUGGUUCGGGCAGCCUACUUGUGGGCGAGCGCUCUUGCUGAACCCCACGGAGACUCUGCCCUUCUUAUGCUCUACGACACACUCACUCAGUACCAGCAGAUAUUCGGAAGAUCAAGCACGCCAUCAUUCCUCACCACCUGCGUCGCUUCCCUAGCUAACGAAAACUACGUCCUCCACUGCAGCGAGCAGAACCGGGAGAUGCUGCGACGUCUGUUGUCAACAUGCUUUUCCAAGCCCUCGAAGCCACCAACGCGCCCUUCUAUUUCCCAACCGCCUACAGGAUCGCUAGAGUCGUCGGCCAUUGCUAGUUCCACUCUUGAGAACAGCUCCGCUACCAAACAGUCCGGCCAUUCUGCAACAUCACUUUACGAGGGCCCGAUCUCUACACACCAGCAAUCACCCCUGAAUAACGAAGGAUACAACUCCCUCCUCACGCCUGAUCCAGUUGGCUUAUACCAGCCCACAUUCCCCAGCCCGAUCAUACCUCUGCCACUUGGCGGAGAACCGUCCUCUGCAGUGACCUCGACACACCCUGAUAUUACCACAUCGUAUCCUUUCGUCCCCUCUGCGAGUAUCGGGCACACUGCCGAAACCGACGCUCUUUUAGAUGAUCUCGCUUCAAUUGAGUACGCCGACACAGCUGAUGUUGAUACCCAGUUUAUGACCAACCUUGGGUUUGCGCCGGGUUGCGAUAUCACGGAUUUUUUAUCACGCGGGUUUGGGGGAGUGUGA